CGGCCAGUCAGUCAGUCAUAGAUCUGCCGCCGCGCUAAUCGGACGUAACAUUCUCGACGGGAUCGAAUCCUGAACGUGCCCACCAGAGUUCAUCACUUGGGUUCACAGAAACUGAUAACGGGUGUGUACGGUGGCGCUAGCCGGUGCUGAUAAGGGACUCAGAAAGUGUGAUUCGAAGACCCUUGAUGGUGAUGGUGUCCCUUCGGGUGGGACUGAUUGUGCUAGUGCUGGGCCAGUGCUGCUGGGCUUGCAGCAAGGUUCCGGUGUUCAAUGGUCGUGCGGUCGGCAAGGAGAAGAAACCCGGCGAUAACGGAUAUCGGCUUGCGGUGCGCAACGAACCCAGCGGCUACGAACCGGGCAAGAUCUAUAAUUUGUUUCUGGUCGGUUCCCGGACCCACGUGAAGCUCCAGCAGUUUACGCAUUUCAUGCUGACGGCUCAGGCCACCACGGGAACAGCCAAAAAUGCUCGCACUGUCAUUGCCGGUCCCAAGCGGGUCGGUCGGUUCCAGCUGUUCAGCGAUUCGCUUACCAAAUUCUACGACCACUGUGUCAACACGGUAACCCAGGCGGAUGACUUCCCCAAAACGGAGAUUCAGGUGAUGUGGGUGGCACCGGCCAGCGGAUCCGGAUGCGUUAGUUUGUCGGCCAUGGUUUUCGAGGGGGAGGACUCGUGGUACUCGGACGAGGGCUCGCUAACGAAGGUGCUCUGCGAAAUCAAACCGGACCCGACGGUGGUCAAAGGCGAAUGCUGCGCGUGCGAUGAAGCUAAGUAUAACUUUGUUUUCGAGGGAAUCUGGUCCAACGAGACGCACCCGAAAGAUUUUCCAUUCGCCGUCUGGUUAACUCACUUUUCCGAUGUCAUUGGUGCUUCACAUGAUACAAAUUUCUCAUUUUGGGGUGAAAAUCAUAUUGCCACCGAUGGAUUCCGAUCACUGGCUGAGUGGGGAUCAAUUCGUCAACUGGAACAAGAGCUGAGAGCGAAGGGGCCACGACUGAGGACAUUGAUCAAAGCUGCUGGUCUGUGGUAUCCGAGGGUGAAUUCGAAUACGACCUCAAAUUUCCGGGUUGACAGAAAGCAUCACAAGGUUUCUUUGGCGUCCAUGUUUGGCCCGUCGCCUGAUUGGGUGGUUGGAGUCAGCGGGUUGGACCUAUGCAGUGAAGACUGUACUUGGGUGGAGUCGUUGGAUAUUGAUCUGUAUCCAUGGGACGCUGGUACCGACAGUGGUAUUAGCUAUAUGUCUGCGAAUGCUGAAACUCAGCCAAGAGAAAGAAUGACGCGUAUCACAACACUAUAUCCAGAGGAUCCCCGAGCCCCGUUCUAUAAUUCAAGAUCGAAGGAUAUGAUUCCAUUGGCAAGGGUUUACUUCCGUCGAGAGAAGGUCAUACAUGGAAACUGUGACGACGAGUUUCUUCAGUCGCAAGUACUGGAACUCGCGGAGAACACCGAGGAGGCCAGCAGGCCAGAGUGUGAGACAACAGGUUACAGUGAAUGGACGCCAUGCUCGGUCACUUGUGGAAAAGGGAUCCACAUGAGGACUAGAGAGUAUCUUAAACCGGAGCAGGCAGCUCGAUUCCAGUGCAAUAGACAACUAAUUUCGAAAGAGAUGUGCGUAGCGGAUAUUCCAGAAUGUCCUGAGCGUUCCGAGUCCGAAGACAGCUCGGAGGAUAUUCGUAAGAUUGCUGCUGCUGUGGAUGAUAAUGGUGAAGGCAUUGGCGUGUGUCAGACCACGAGGUGGAGCGAAUGGUCGGAAUGUUCGGCUACUUGCGGAAUUGGAGUCAGUAUGAGAACUCGGACCUUCAUAAAUCAUGUGGGACGAAAGAAGUGUCCACAUAUCAGUGUUGUUGAAAAGGAGAAAUGCAUGAAACCGGAGUGCUCACUUUUGGACGUAGAAGUUCCGGAUUCGAUGUGCCCAACUACUGUUUGGAGUGACUGGAGUCCGUGCAGUGCGACAUGUGGAAAAGGAGUCAGAAUCCGUACUCGUCUCCUCUUGGUUGGUCCAGACCUGCAAGAGAAAUGUUCUCAGAGGUUAGAGCUGAACCAACAAAGACCGUGUUCGGAGAAGGCCGAUUGUUCAAUCGAUUUAUCCACUGCAAGAGAAAUCUGUGUUCUACCUCCGGAAUCUGGACCGUGUCGGGGCAAAUACCAACGAUUUGCGUAUGAUGGCGAACGGGACACUUGUGUUCCGUUCUUCUAUGGUGGCUGUCGAGGAAAUCGUAACAAUUUCCUAACGAAUGAGGACUGCCUUCAGACAUGUCGAACUACUAAAGAAUACAGCCAUUCAACCGUUGGACCGCUACGCUACGGACAAGAUCUAGUGGGGGGACUACCGGUAGAUUGCGUUCUAUCCGACUGGACGGAGUGGAGCUCAUGCAGUGUGACUUGCGGAACGGGUCGAUCGGAGCGCUACCGUAACGUGGUGGUUCCAGCGCAAAAUGGCGGUCAACCAUGCCCCAAUAGACAAGUGAAGCGGCGCAAAUGCUCCGGGCCACCGUGUUAGGAUGGAGAGAUUACCUAUAUUUUAGGUUAUUUUUCGGUCGUCCAGACCGAUUCUUUAAUACUUCGUUUGCUCGGUGACUGAAUAACCUGUUAUUCAACUUGUCAUAACUUGUUCUACUAGUUAAUACUAUACAAUUCAAUUCCUUCACUGUCCAUGUCAUCGAAGUCAAAUAUUUUUUACAAGCGCGUAGAAAGAACAUAGUAGUAAACACUGAUGUAAAACCAUAGUAAAACUACUAAUAGUAACAUUAGUAAAAUACAUUUUGUUUCAAAUACUCAAAUUGAAUCUCGUCGAAGAAUACUUAGUUUCCUAUUGGAUAUUUUAUAUGAGAUUUGAGUUGUUAUAUAAAUAAAUGAUUGAAUACA